AUGGCUAGUGUGCGAGCUCGGAACAACAAAAUUAAAAGUGUGGUGGUUGGGGGGGAAAGGGUUGAAGGGAAAGCAAGGGUAUGCGCAUCGAUAGUAAAAAAUUACGAGGAGCUUUUGUCUAGGGAAGAUUGGGAAAGAUCGACACUUGAUAAUCUCCCUUUGGGUUCUAUUUUGCGGGAGGCGGUAAAGUCUCUAGAGGAAGCUUUCAAAGUUAAGGACAUAGAGGCAACCAUUUCGGAUUUGGAUGAGGAAUCAGUGAAUCAUCUUUUCCUUCAUUGCGUAGUUGUAAAGAAAGUAUGGGAGGGGUUUCUUGGCAUGUUUGGUUCUUGGAGUUUGCACUUCUAUUCUUCAUAUGCUCAGUUGGUUUUCUGUGGGCUUCUAUCCUUCAAUCCUUCAGCUCAUGGGAGUGAAUUUGGUGGUGCUAUGCUUGUCAUGAGCAGUGGGGUUUUGCUGGGCAGUUUCAUAUCAAAUUCCAUGGUUUUAAGCUGUAGUGCAGAAUUGCAGGCCUGUAACAGCCCCAAGGAUCUGUUGAGUUGCUCUUCUAUUCUUCAUAUGCCCAGUUGGUUUGCUGUUCGCUAUGGGCUUCUAUCCUUCAAUCCUUCAGCUCAUGGGAGUGAAUUUCGUGGUACUUUGCUUGUCAUGAGCAGUGGGGUUUUGCUGGGCAGUAUCCUAUCAAAUUCCAAGCCGGAGCUGGUUUCUUUCUUCCCCUUCUCCUUCUUGCUUCUUCUUUUCUUAUUUGGAUUCAUUGAUGGAGAUCCGGUGCUGGCAGGUAGCAACUUGAUUUUGGUCCAAUUUUCUGUGCAUUCAUGGCCUUCUGAUGUUGAUGCUGCGACUCUGGCUACUUUUAUUAAGGGGUUUUGUAUGGAAGGGCGGAUUGGGGAAGCGAGUAGUUUCUUUCUGAAGACAAUAGAAAUGAGAUAUCCUUAUGAUGUGGUGACGUUUGGGAUACUUAUCGAUGGUCUUUCCAAGUUGGGGAAUAAUGGAAUGGCGCUUGGGUUGCUCCGGGAAAUGGAGAAGGGCACAGGUAAAUGUAGGCCUAACCUUACGGUUUAUACCUCAAUCAUCGACAGUCUAUGCAAAGAUGGGCUCGCAAAGGAGGCCCUUAACCUCUUCUCAAAAAUGGUUGGUAAAGGGAUUCGGCCGGAUGUUUUCACUUACAGUUCUUUAAUUCAUGGACUAUGCAAUUUAGGGCAGUGGAAAGAAGCAAUGAUUCUGCUUGACGAAAUGUUGGAUGGAGGAAUCUCUCCUAAUGUGACAACCUUCAGCAUACUGGUGAAUGCUCUUUGCAAAGAAGGAAUGAUUAAAGAAGCCCGUGGAUUACUAGAAUUGAUGACCCAGAGAGGUGAGGAGCCUAAUGUAAUCACGUACAAUGCAUUGAUGGAUGGCUACUGUUUUACUAGCCAAAUGGAUGCUGCCUUAAAGAUAUUUGAUAACGUGGUGUCUAAAGGCCAUAAGCCUAGUGUCGUGACUUGCAACAUCUUAAUCGAUGGAUAUUGCAAGAAUCAGAUGGUGGACGAGGCUAUGCAACUUUUUCGAGAAAUGCCUUGCAAGGGAUUGGAGCCUAAUGUUGUUACUUACAGUACUCUUAUAUGUGGGCUGUGCCGGGUACAGAGAGUUGUGGCUGCACAAGAGCUCUUCAAUGAGAUGCAAACUCAUGGACAAUGUCCGAAUGUCCUCACAUACACCAUUUUGAUGGACGGGCUGUGUAAAAAUGAGCGUCCUGUUGAGGCAAUGAAACUACUCAAUGAGAUGGAAAUUUGAGGAAUUAAACCAAAUAAUGCAGUGUUCGAUGUCUUUAUCAAUGGUAUGUGCGAAGCUAAGGAACUCAAAUAUUUGAAGGAGCUUUUCAGUUGGGCCUCUGCCAAGGGCUUGGGGAAUAAUGUUAGAACAUACAACACGUUAAUCAUUGGGCUCUGUAAAGAAGGGCUUAUGGAGGAAGCUAAUGGAUUAUUCUUGCAAAUGGAAGGGAAGUGUUGCCAACCAGACAGUGUCACCUUCAAUGCUUUAAUUAGGGGUUUUCUACAAAACAGUGAGACCGUCAAGGGAAUGCAACUUCUUGGUGAAAUGGCUAAAAAACAUUUUUCUGCGGAUGCAUCCACUACAUCUAUGUUAGUGGGCUUGCUCACAGAGGGUGAAAAGGUCAAGAAUACCUUGGAAUGCUUAAUAAAUUUGUCCCCUAGGGCGAAGGAGAGGUGAUUUGUUGAACACCAAUUGAACAUCAGCUCAUUUUACUUGCUGUAAUGAAUGUUGCUGCUGGUCGUCCGAUAUCUUCUUCAGAGCUUUCCUACAUGCUACUCUUUCUAAGAAUAUCUAUAUGCAUCUUCCAAUAUCUUCUUGAAAGCU